UGGCCUCCGCCCUCGAGGGGAGCGUCUCCCAAAUGAGAGACAUGCUUGGAGUCUUGGAGAUGGUGGACUCGUGGGCGAAGGUGCGCGACGGCUUCCUCUAUGGCUUGCCCAUCGUGAUGGGCGUCGGGUCCUACGACGAGUGCCUCCACGCGCGCGCCCCCAACCUCGGCAUUACAGGAAAAUACUGCAUUAUAGUAUAUCACGAUGACCCGGGCUACAACGGCACAAGAACGAAGAUUGACGAUAUGCUGCGUGUCGCCCAGGCUUCCGCCAACGUCAAAAUCGGACUUUUCACGCAAUACAGCACAUGCAUACCCGACGUCUGCUCAGAGGAAGACAUGGCGAAAAGCCUAAGUGUUGCAGUCGGAGGACGCAAAGUGGCGGACGUCUACUGCCAGACUUUGGACGAAGCGCCGGAGUUCACUGCGGCGGAUAUCGCUAUGAUGCCUACUUUCAUCUGCAGAAGUUUCCUGAGCGUGAUGCUGGCUCUCCUGGUGGCCGGCACUGUCGCGGACCUGUACCUCCGGGCCACCUCGACGGCGCCUGCGACGGGCGUUCGCUUCCUGCUGCCCUUCUCGCCGUACACCAACCUGGAGAAAAUGUUCCACGUGACGACCGAGUCUCGCCCGGGGGUCAUCUCCUGCCUGCACGGGAUGAGAGUGUUGUCUAUGACCUGGGUGAUCGUCGGCCAUCAGUAUUCCUUCGAUAUUAGCUUCCUUGUCAACUUGCUACACUUAGGAAAGUGGACGAGCGGACUGCUCUUCCAGACCAUCUUCAACGCCACGGUGAGCACGGACUCCUUCUUCUUCCUGUCGGGGCUUCUGGUCACCUACGGCGUCCUGAAGGAGAUCAAGAGGACGGGCAGACUCAACAUCAUUAUGUAUUACGUCCACAGACUUAUCAGAUUAACGCCUCCAAUCGCUCUUGUUGUGCUGUUCGCGGCGACGUUGUUCAGGUUCCUCCCUUGGGGCCCCUUUGCUUUUAUGACAGAUAUCUUUUACACGACCUGCUCGAAGUAUUGGUGGAUGGACGUCCUGUACGUCAACAACUUCCUUGGCAUUGACAAGGUCACCAAUGAGGCACUUGAUUGCCUCGGCCAGUGCUGGUACACCGCCGUGGACACCCAACUGUACCUGGUGGCUCCCCUCGUGCUGCUGCCCCUCGCCUUCUAUCCCUCCAAAGGGAAGAUUCUGCUGUUCCUGGUAACUCUGGUGUCCUUCAUAGUCCCAGCAGCUGUGAUCUACGCCAACGACCUUCCUCCAGGGUCGAAUUCAGUCGGUGAUGAUGAAGUCGAUACCAUGGGUUAUGCAACUAAGGUGUACUUUACACCGUGGUGCCGUAUGAGUGCCUACAUCGUGGGGAUUUGGACUGGCCACAUCAUAUUUGAACAAGGAUCAAACAAACUUAAAUUGACACCAGUGCAGGUAUUAACUGGCUGGACGGUAGCCGCGUUCUCGGCUCUGUCAGUGCUGUUCGGCCUGUGGAGUUACAACCAGGUACAAACCACCUAUUACUACGACCCUGUAACCCAGGUCCUGUACGGCGGUCUCCACAGGGGUGUUUGGUGCGCCGCCCUGGCUUGGGUGGUGGUGGCUUGUCACUUCGGCUACGGAGGUGUCGUCAACGACUUUCUCUCCCACCCUUCGUGGCAGCCGCUCUCCCGCCUUACGUACAGUAUGUACCUCGUCGCCAUUCCUGUGCAGAUCUUCUGGGCUUACAGCCUUAAAGAACUUACUUACUUUACGCAUAUAGACAAGGUCAUCCAGACUUGCGGCACAAUCUUCAUAUCCAUCGUCGCGGCUGUGCUGGUCUCGCUCACGGCAGAGGCUCCAGUCUUGGGCCUCGAGAAGCUCAUCUUCAGGCGACCAGGCCGAGGCGAAGACAACCCGAAGGCCACUGCUCCCGCCAACGGAAAACAAGGCCACGACAACCCCGCCUUCUCCGACGAAGGUCCUGCUGAGCUCGAAAAGAAAGAAAUGGUCGAGACAGAAACACGGCCGAAUGCUGACGCUGAGUCGUCGCUGCAUCAAGACCCCGAAGCAAAGGAAACGACCCUGUUGUAGUUGUCGUUUAAGUCAUCAUGUGUUACUUCCUAAGGUUAUCCCACAGUGCAUAGUCAUGUUCUUUUCUUCUUAUUAUUUGUAAUGUAUAGUAAAUUAGAAAUGAUAAAACAUUUAUACUGUUAAGAUUGUCACAUAUAAACCACAAUUAAAUCGUCUGUUACAAAUAUACUAUACCCUAUAA